AAUCUUUGAGCAAGAGGGUUUAAAAUCAAUACAGUUCUUGCUUUUUAUGAUACAAAGUUACAAUUAAAAUUUGAGGCUCGGAGCUCAAACCGUUUUCUUUUUUUAUCGUGCGGACAGACAGACAGACAGAGAAACAAACUAACAAACAGAUACGAAAUUUUGAUCAUCAGUGGAUAAUAGGCUUCGCUAUCUCUCAGCCAAUAAGACUUUCAAAUGUUUUAACAGAAAUCUAUGCGCAGUUUAAACGAUGCAAAUUUUAAGUUGAAAUCUUCUUCAACAAAUUGUUUUUCGAUUUUUCUAUUAAAGAUCUUGUUUGUUUUCAAUAGAAGAUAUUAUCUGGCAUCAGAAGCAGUAUAUUUAUAUCAAUAGUAACUAUUCAUAUUUGUAAUCUGUAAUUUGAAUCUGUAAAAGUUCAAGGUUGUGAUUUUUGGUGGUACCCAAGUCAGUAUAAGUGGUGUGUGAAAAGGGGUUCUGAAUGAAAGUGGAAUGGAAGUAAUUGUAGUUACUAAUCUUUUUACUAUCCCUCAGGUGUACUUAUAUGUGGGAUGUGCCGUGAUAUCUAUUGAUAAACUAAUCUACUUAACUUUGAUAGUGAAUUUGAUUUGUUUAAAAUAGUACCCACCUACAUAAUUAUUAUCUAGUUUUUAUCACCUGAAUCGUUCUGACUCAUAAUAAAAAUAACCAGAAACAACAAGUUUAAAACUAGGGGCUCAGCUGUGAUGCAAUGCCUGAAGGCGCGGUAUCCUCCCACAUCGCGUCAUUGCCAUGUGUCGUGGUUGUAUUCUUGGAAUCAAUCUUGUCGAGGGUUGGUGCUUGAGAGGAAGAAGUGGCGUGUAUCUCAUAGGCUCACUCGCGUUCCAUAAAGGCCGACGCUGCGAGCUCCUCAGGCCACUCAGCUAUACCAUGGGCGCCCUGCUCGCCUUUCUCCUGUGCCUGAGCGGCCUGCAGGUCCUGGUGGCCGCCCCCCAGGACGCCAGCCAGCAUCACAGCCUGCUGCACGACCUGCGCGCUACGCUCGCCGCAUCGCCGCCCAAGGUCCCUUCGCCAAGAGUGAGAGCUGAUACUGCUGACCAGGACGUCUGGCCGAGGGGACUUCUCCUAGGAGCUGGGCUGUCAGCUAUCCAGUCCGAAGGGGCAAGUAGGGAAGAAGGUAAAGGUGAAAGUAUGAUAGACUUUGCUAUGAAUUUCCCCGGCCUUUUCACGGACAACGUUAGUGUGGCUGCCGAUCACUACCACAGAUUUCGCGAGGAUCUCGAUCUUGCGAAAGAAAUGAAGUUUACAUCGCACCGCUUUUCUAUAGCAUGGACCCGUGUUCUUCCAACUGGGGGUGUGGACAAUGUUAAUGAGAAGGGCGUUCAGUUCUACAAAGACUAUAUUGAUAAAGUAAUAAGCAACAACAUGGAGCCCAUGGUCACCAUGCUUCAUUUCGACCAGCCGAUUCUGGUGGAAAAUGCUACAGGUGGCUGGGGCCAUUCGGAAAUGAUUGACAAAUACGUCGACUAUGCGGACUUCUUGUUUAGAACUUUCGGAGACAAGGUUAAGUACUGGAACACUAUUAAUGAGCCUAACAUAUAUUGCAACUACUUUCGCUCCCUGUUGCCCGACCUGGUUCCGGUUGAAGAACGCGACAAAUUUUACGACUGCAUGCACAAUAUUGCUGUAGCACAUGCGAAGACUUACCGCCUGUACAAGCAAAAGUAUGCAGCAAAACAAAAAGGAAAAGUCGGUUUGUCUGUGGUGGUCUGGCCAGCAUCACCAAAGACUACGCAGUCUGAGGAUGUGAUGGCAUCCGAAAUAUUUAAUCAAGUGUAUGUCGGCACUCUGAUCCACCCGGUGAUUUUUGGGGACUACCCCCCUGUGCUGCGCUACCUUGUGGACAAGGCGGACGCCGAGAGUGGCCUCAGCGAAUCGCGCCUUCCAGCGUUCACCCCCGAAGAGAAAAAGUUACUUGCAGGCGGGGUGACUGACUUCAUAGCCUUGAACGUGUACAGUAGGUGCACAGCUAGCUACAACCACAAUAAAACAUCUGGAGCAGAACAAUCAAUACUUCUGGGCCCUGUGAUGAAAGAUAUGCCCUUCAUCGAGGUUACCGGUGUUGGCAACUUUGAUGUGACUGAAGAGUCUCUUAUGCAAGAUGCCCUCCUCUGGAUUUGGCGCACCUACCACGUUCCGAUCAUCAUCACUGAGAACGGCUACGGAGAUAAGAACCAUGUGGGGGUUAAGGACACCGUCCGAGCUGCAUAUCAUAGUGCUAACCUCCGUUCCCUAGUGCGCACCAUGAAAGAAUACGACGUAGAAGUUCUUGCGUAUUAUGCGUGGGCAUUACUAGAUGUCUUCGAGUUUUCUGCGGGUUACACUGGCCGACCUUUCGGGCUUAUUCACGUCGAUUACGAGUCGGGAACUCUUAAACGCACGCUAAAGGAUUCAUCCAAAUUCUUCAUUGACCUAGCCACGUCGGGAAGAGUGCCGUAUGUGUCUCUACCAGACGAGGGAGGCACAUCUACUGGAAGUACUUCAGCUAUUGCGUCUGGACUGCUUCUUUCAGCUGUGUGGGUAGCGAUUUGGCUGAGGUCUUCAACUGCUCUAUGAACAACGUCAAUAAUAUAAGAUACCGAAGUCGGUUGUGUUAGUAAUGGUAAAACAACAAGAAUGUAGCCAUCACAAUUAAACAAACUAUUUUGAAAGUAUAGAA